AUGACGGAACUUGGAGACUUCUCUUCCAUGUUCAUUGUUCACUGUGUUUUCAAUGGCUUCCUUAGUUAUACCUGCACCAUGUUGAACAUUGUUACAAUUCACGCACUGAGAAAAACUCCAUCAUUGCCGAUGACUUUAAAAGCAUUGCUUCUGAGUCUGUCUGCUUCUGAUCUUGGUGUCGGUUUAAUAGUCCAGCCUUUAUACAUCGUACGCCUUGUUAUGAUUAUUAAAGAAGAAACUCAAACUCAAACUUAUAAUAUAAUAAAACAGAUGUUUCUAACAACAGGGACUCUUUUCUCUUACGCUUCCUUCCUUGGUGUUGUGGCUUUAGCCGCAGACAGAUUCUUGGCUAUUCAUUUUCAUCUCCGAUACAAAGGACUUGUAACUCACAAGAGAGUUGCUGUUUUGAUGACCUCGAUUUGGAUUUUCAGCAGCUUUCUGUCGUUCCUAAGUUUGAGUUGGAUCAUACCGCAGAAGGCAAAUUCUAUUUUCUCCUUUACGAUCGGGAUAUUUUGCAUCAUCACCACUGCAUUAUUUUACUGGAAAAUUUAUUUAUCAGCAAGGCACCACAUAAUUGAAAUUAACAGACUCCAAGUACAUCAUCAAGCAGAGCAGAAUGGUGAAGUGAUGGCAAAUACUGCGAGACAGCGGAAGUGUGCAGUUGGUGCAUUUUACGUGUUUCUUGUGCUUUUGGCUUGUUAUCUGCCAAUGCUUUGCGUUAUUAUUGCCGAUCUGAGCACUGGGCUGCAGAAUACCCUGAUAUACCUUUUAGGACUUAACGCUAAUACACUGGUUCUUCUCAAUUCGUCUCUCAAUCCUCUGAUCUACAGCUGGAAAAUGAGACACGUUCAACGCACCAUUAUGAAUCUCUUACGCCACAUGCCUCACUAAAUCUGCUGGCGGCAAGGCAUCUAGCUAAGUAUUGACCUUAGUUUCUUUUGGAACAGUAUGCUGAAAGGCUCGAUUUAUCUUAGCCAACUUCUGGUCAUUUAAAAGAGAGCUGUAAUUUUAAAAAGGAAUAUAUGAUAAAUAGCUUAGUUUUGCAUUUAGGUGAUAUGACUUCUUCCUAAUUAGCAAGCGUAACCUUACAUUAAUACAGCAGCCGAUAUUUUAAUAAAAAUAAUAUAGAUUGCCCAAAAAACUGCUUCUACCUCUUAGAAACGGCACUCCUAUUUGAGGCCAUUUUCAAUAUUUUAACAAGGAUAUCCUGUUAAAAAAGGGGAAAAGAAAUUAGUCAGACUAAAAAGUAGACAACGAGGCCGAGAGAUACAAAAUAAUAAAUAUGCAACAUUACAAAGCACAAAAUAUUAGGCGAAAAACUGUUUAUCGAGCCCUAUGAUCUAGAAAACGCAAUUCUAGUGUCCUAAAUUUCGUCCAGUUUUCUUUAGUUUCACCUUGGGGCACCUGACGGUCUGGCCAUUUAUUUAGUGAUAACCAGUGUAAAUUUUGUAAAAAGCAGAAAACAUAGACCUUGUGCCUCGAACCAAAAAUAAGUGUUUAGUCAAACCAAUUUCAUCCGAUUACUUCGAGUCGUUAUUUCUCCGGCCCUCAGUAACUAGCUGAAACACUUAUUUAUCGCUAUUGUUCAACUGAGCUUUAACUUGUGCUUUGAACAGUCAUAAAUUUAUAUUCGGCUAAAAUCAUAAGGAAAUUUCUAUAGAGAUAACAUUUUUAAGGUGGCUCGCAAUGGUUUGAAAGAUCAAUUGCGUGACGGAUCAUAACUACGACUCACACUUUUUCAAUUUACAUUUAGUACCCAUCUGAGCGGCCCCAAUGAUAACAGAAUAGUUGGAGUCACUUUUGACAUUUCAGGUUACAUGGUAAGACCUUGACAAGGCUCUCUGCAAUGUUUUUCGAACAUGGGAAUAAAGAGAGUCAGUGACAAUUCAUUCAAGUGAGUGUCUUUUAUGUCUUUUGUUGAUUCGGGAAAUAAAGAAAAUCCUAAGAAAAGAAUAUCCCAAUAACCCGACUGUUGCUCAUCGACAAGAAAAGUUUGUAGAACCUAACAUCCUCAUUACUAAAUUAACACAACGGUAUUUGGCUUGCUGUGGGAUGCUUCGGUGACAAGCGUAGGCUGACAUAUCUUCUGCUAGAGGCCGAGGCAACGAGCGGCGAAGCCCGCGCGGUCCACUAAAAACACCUGACCGAAUCCGGAAACCGUGCAUGAAAAAUCUCUGGCAAGGAUGAGGGAUAGAUAAUAAGUAAUAAGACCUAUGACUAAAUCUGCUGGUGGACAUAAAGUGGUGGGGGAAGACUUUGAAAAGCGCAAGCAGCCUGGUUCUGCUGUGAUUGACACAAGGGUUAAAUGGAAAAAAGGCCUCACUAAUACAGAGGAGCGUAAGCUCCGAAUUGUCUAAGAAACAUCACUACUUUGAAGUCGUGCACUCACAAAAGUAUGAACGGGGACCUUACAUAAAUUAUGUAAUUCUUCACAUUAUACCGGCUCAGUCUCAUCCAAUAAUUGCCACUUUCACUUGUGUUUGGACAUACUGUGUUUGCUAUGAAAGAAUUACACAUGGGUAGAACAACUUAAAAUAUCGCCAACGUCAACACAAAAACCCUAUUCGGCUGCCAAAAAACUUGGUAAACAUUUACGUGUCUCUCUAAAUCGUAAGCUAUCACUGUACGUUUUCACGGAUCCAGUUUAUGACGCACAACGUUUUAAAGUUCGUUAAGUCUUCAUGGUCGAUGUUUGAGACUUUUUUGGAAAUAAAAAAUUAAAGCAAUGGGGGUUUUCCAGUAAUCACUUUCUACAAGUGAUAAAUAUAUGAAUUUCAUAUAUUUGAACCGUACGUGGAAUGAAGAAGUAAAUGUAUAGAAAAGAUCAUUGCAGACGCAACUUGUGCAGUUGGAAAAAAAAGACUGAAGAAAAAAAUUCUACUUUGUGUCAUUUUUUAAAAGCUAAUAAUAAAGUGACGCUCUAUGAUCUUAGUGAUGGUUACAACAUCAAACAUAUUUGUAAACUGUUCAUUAUAACGAUUUUACUGCGCAACGAGAGAUGUUGUUUGAUGUCGACCAUAUUGCCAUUUACACCUGGAAAAGCAAAAGAUAUAUUUUGGUAAACAAGCAUUUCAUUGCCGUCUUGAAGACUAAAAAACAAUGCCGAAAUCCCACAGCCUCUAGUUCUGAAGCUUUGUAAUAGAGCCCUUUCUCUACAAAGUGAAACCCAGUGCAUGAAAGAACUCUCAUGGGCCUCUCACUAGAUAUAGUGUGGGAGCAAGCUCUCCGGGGCGCUCUGGCGGCGGAGCGGGAAAAGGAUGGAGAGCUUGCAACUACGUCGAUGCGAAACACUUAUUGGUGGAGAUGACAUUUAGUAAUGAUGUCAUUACCCUUAGCUCGUGUUUUUCAAUGUUUGUUUAUAUACGCGGUCGUUUCCGCUUUGCGCGGAAUGGCGGAAAUCUGACAGAUCAGUCGACGGGGAGCCACAGGGGAAUUGGAGGUGGAAUUCAAACUCCAGAGACGUAGGGCGCUUUCCAUUUACCAAACACUUUGAGAAACCUCCAUGGAAAGGUCCAUCGAGAGAAGAACGUGUGAAUUUGACACAAGUUCCAUUCGCUGAAAUGGUCUCGUCACCAAAAUUCAAGAUGGUGGCACAGAUAUCGCCGUGAAUAGCCUGGAACUGCUGAUUCCUUUCGAAAAUUCGUAAAUGGAACAUGCAUUUCCAUUGGAAAGUUUCCAAAGCGAAAACAGGACUACGUUUUCAAUUUUCCAGUUAUUCCCUUGAUUUUUCCAGUAGUUGCAGUAGUUCAUUUACAUCUCAAGCGGAAUUUCCUGUUGGGAUGCAAAGCUCCCGUAGUUGCCAACUCUCCUUCCCAGGGCGGAUAAAGGUUGGGCGGUGAAACGAGCGCGUCCGAGCAAAAAGGUGUGAUGCAGUGGACUGGGACUCUGCUUAGAAAUGACACUUGUUUUCGACUUCGGUCAGGGCUUGCGAUGUGGUUUGUACAUUGGACACUGCCGCUGUCACUGAAUUAUGGCAUCUUGAUUUGUUUUCUUGCACUUCUUCCUCGUUCCUUUGUGCUGCUACGUUGUCUCCGAGAGGCAAAUGUUGCUAUUUUUUGCGGGAGGUUUAGUUGGAGUAGAAAAACAUCUCUUUCAAAGGGUUUCUUUUAUUACUUCCAUGACUCUACCACUGAAUUAUAUUUUCGUUCUGCCACUCGCCAAUGUCGAUGUUAUUCCAAAACAAAAACAACUAAGUACUGUCUAAAACACGAAGGAAAAUCUCAUCCAUGUCAUCCAUGGCAAAACUAAAAGACAGCAGAUCGUGUUUUAUAACUAGAUGACGUGUAUCUUAUAUAUGCGUGCAGCUCGUGCAAGGUGAAAUUAUGCUAAUUUCAAUCACCAUCAUCCUUCUUUUUAAUUUUGAAAAAAACAUCUUAUACGUCUUUCUGUUUCUUCGAAUCUUCAAAAUUAGUUUCCCCUCAGUUUUUACUGUUUACCUUGUUUUGUUUUAGAGAGAAAAACGGAGAAAAAACCUUACAACUAACCUCAAUAAAUUUUGUUUACAUGCCGUUGCCGGAUUUGCAACGCAUUUCGCGAAUCGCCAUGGCGCGUUGCACCCGAGAAGCAAAGUUUAAAAAAGUACAACGCCACUAUAUCAAUUUUUUUUCCACUAAUUUUUUGUUAUGUUGUAUAAAAUUUAUCCCACUUUAACAUAUGUGAAAAUUGAGGUUAAGAAGUGUUAAGCUUUUGCAAACGAAACUGCGAAAGACGAUUAGGUGGAAGGAGGAAGUAUUCAACACUUUCAAAUUAAACUCAAAUUUUGGCAUUAUACGACCCCCAAGUUUGACUUAUAGACGUACAGACACAAAAAUAUGAAACUGUUUAUUGAUAUUGUUAUGAAUGGAAUUUAUCUAUUUAACAUUGUAGCCUGAAAUUACAGAAAGAAAAUAGGAUUUCUGGUUUGCAAAAAGGAAAAUUUCGCCGGCCUUCAAGCGCACCGGAAGCGCGGAAAGAGCGCUCGUGCCAGUCCUACUCCGCAUCACACAUUAAAUGAAGAGCGGAGCGCUCGUUUCACCGCCCAACCUUUUUCCGCCCUGCUCCUUCCUUUUUCCGCCCCGCCGCCAGAGCGCCCCGGGGAGCUUACUCACGGGCUACAAUAGAGAGUGUUAUGGUAGUCUAGACCAUUUUGUUUAAUAUCGCCAAUUACUGACCUGUCCUAGCUAUGGAACGUAAUGUACGUGAAGAAAUUAAGACGGAAUCCACCAGGACAUUUAGUAAUUUUGAUUUUCAGUGGACAAAAAUCUUGUACCAGAAUGAUUUAAAGAAUAUUGCAUUCCUUCUUACAUUUUUCAAGGGCUAAAGAUGUAAUAAAUCAUCUGUAGUAACACACAAAAAAAUUCUUACAAAAGCCCGCGAGAAUGAAUGUCAAAUAGUGCAAAAUUACAUCUUACACAUGAAAUUUUCAGAAUUUUACCUGUGUAAUCACAAUUCUUGUGAAAUUUGACAUUCAUUUUCGCGAGCUUUUAUAAGAAUUUUUUUUUGGUGUGACUAUAUGCAGAUGAUUUAUUACAUCUUUAGGACCUUUAGCCCUUAAAAAAUGUAAGAAAGAAUGCAAUAUUCUUUAAAUCAUUCUGGUACAAGAUUUUUGUCCACUGAAAAUCAAAAUUACUCAUGUGUCCUGGUGGAUUCCGUCUUAAAUCAGUCCCUGAGAAUUAGAAAUUCACAGCUUAGUGCGUAACAAACGGAUAUGUCUCUUAAGCAUUACAAUUAGAGUUACAACUAGGUUAACAAUAGGAAUAAGCUGCUAGGCUUACAGUCAAACCAGGUCAAGCGUACCCCUCAAGAAUAAAUUAAUGAAUUUAUUAUUCAAAAGUUGAAUCCGUUGCUAGUUGCAGAUUUCAGAUUGAUCUCUGCAUUCUUGCAUGUGUAAUGAGCUGUGAAUUCGCGCGCGGGGCAGUUAUGAAAUUUCUACCCGCUCCAUUUUCCUGAAAUUGAUGUAAAGGUCUUCUAAGAAGCUUAAUCCAUUCAAAGAUUUCCAAUCUGACCAAAUACAGAGAAGUUCUCGUAAAAUAUUCACUGCCAUUACGCAUGCAGAAAUGCCGCUUUGAAUUUGACACCAGUUACGGGAACGACUAACGGAUUCGUUUUUCAAAUAAUCAAUUCAUUAAAAGAAUCUUGGGGGGUACGCUUGACUUGGUUUGACUGUAACACUUUUUAAAACCCGAUUCCAGUCCGUUUUAAUCUUGUUCAAUUUUCUCCGUUCGUGCCUCCUUUUGAAUUGGCGGUAACAGUUGUGUUUAAUUUUUGUCCAAUUGUGUGGCCAUUCCCAGCCCGUCUGAUAUUGGUUUUAUUAUUUUCCGCGGUGACAUAGCUUCCCUAGGAGGGACGUUCCUUAAAUCUUUGGAGUAAAAUCAGGUCAUGAAUCGUUUUUAUCUAAAGCGUUAUGGGUAAAGGCUAAAGGUUUCUUAACACAAUCUCUCACUUUUUUUUGCCGUAGAGAAGCAAGCCAAAAUGGAAUCUUCCGAAAACUCCGUAGGAAUUUUGUAGUUCUGGAUUACUUUAAGGAUAUCGGAAAAAAAUAUCGCAAUUUAGUCUAUUGGAUUUCAUGCCUCUCUUACAAAUCUUGGUUGGUCUAGCUAACAAAUGUUUUUGUUACACAGGUACAUUUUUGCAUGCAUGAAAUUGGUGAUUUUCAGUUUCUUAGUUAGAAAAAGUUAUCAUAAUUCAUAAACUUGCUAGGUGCACUUUUCCUUUUUUUAGCGAAGCUCUCGCGCUCGAAGCACCAUGGGUGAGAAAAUGAAGUAAUCUACCCAUCCGAGAAAAUUUGGUAAUCACGUGACCGUACACCCUCCCGACCGUCCGUCCGCACCAGAGGCAUACCAAUGUAAAAUAACUCAAUCAACAGACAUGGCAACCCAAAUGCAACUCGAGGUUAUUUUGGCGGGAAAAAGCAUAGACACCGGCGUCUUGUAAAGCAGAGACAACUAAGGAGUCAAUAAAGACGAAACGGAAAGCAGAAAUUGUUUCUGUAUCCGUGUUAUCUAAAGUAUUAAACUUAGAUUAAUUGUCAUGUCCACAAAUUUGGAAUAUAUAUAGAGCAAGAGAAAGAGAGAGUAAAAGAGAAACUGGGCGGCAGGCCAGCGAAGCUCAACGAGAAAAAAGGCGACAGACAAAAUACAAAGGAGAAAUUUUUUGCUGGAAGAACAACACGAAAAUUUUGUAGCGGCGGUGACAAAAUGAGAAAUGUUGGGCAUUUAAUUUAAAAAUAGCAAAGUUCAGCUGAAACCAUCCAAUAAACGUCUUUAACCUUGCUUAACUACUUAUUUGUUUUUGUUACGUUAACACUCUGUUAAAACGUUUAGAAUAAAUUAAAUGGCUCUGUAUGAUAAGCGUCAUCUGAGCAUUUUCAGUGGUGACCUUUUAAGAAGAAAAAAAUGGAACCGAGCAUUUUAUAACACAAUAUAAAAAAGCUUGGCAAUAUCCAAGACCACUAACGAACAAGGUGGAUAAAGUUUUGUUAAUCGUUAAACACACAAGCUCAAACAGGAACAGGGGAAUACGAUUACUACAACAAAAGAUAACGCCUUUAUUAAUUUUUUGGUAGGUGACUUCCGUAGUAUUAUCAGUCCGUAUCGCCACGAUUAUCCAGCCAAUUCAUGAUCAGGACUAUCAAGGAAUAUAUCAAUAAGAUAUCAAAUGACUGGUGGUGUGUUUAGUAUAUUGAGGGACGUCAUUUAACUUAAUACUGGUCGGUGACAUAUUUUUAGUGGGCGUUUAAUUUAAAAACAGCACGAUUCAGCUGAAAACUACCCAACACACCUGUACUGCCAAAUUUGACAUAAUUCAUCUCGGUCUCCUAUAAAUACAGAGAAAAACGAAAUGAACAACGCAAAUACAGGCAAAACUCACUCCGAAAAUUGACGGUUCUUAUUUUUCUCGCCUGUCAUUAGUGGACCAUUACAGAUCAAACAUACAUACAUACAUACAUACAUACAUACUUUAUUGGCUCGUCCCCACGGGGCUUUUCAGAGUCAAUUUUACAUUACAAAAUUAUAAACCAAGUACAUGACAAUAAGAAUAUAACAAUGAUAAAAGAAGACAAAGGUCAAUAAAAUUAAUUAAAUUAAUUAAACAAUCAUUACAAUCAUUUCAGUCAUGUCUUUUUUCAGCGCUAUUACGUGGUUUGGGGUAUCUGUAUAGGCACAAACAAAUCAUAUAUUUUAAAGUAUUCAUCGCUUUGAACGUAAACCGACUGAACUUUUACUGGCAGAGUAGACUCAAAAGAGCGUCCAGUUCCAAGGAAAAGAAUGCACCACUUGGACCUCUACAACAAUACACUCGUCGCUUGCAUCCUGAAUUCCAUCUUAGCUUUUACCGCCGUAGUGCUAAACGUUUUAGUAAUACUCGCGCUAAGAAAGAUUCCUUCGUUACCAAGAAAAACUCUGAAAACAUUGCUCCUCAGUAUGUCUUUCUCCGACCUUGGUGUUGGUUUAGUAGCGCAGCCACUGCAAAUUUAUCUCCUUGUUAGUAACAUAAAUAUUCUUUCUCCGCCGCAUAUCUGGCCUGAUCACUAUGAAGCUGUAUUCAAAGCGUACAGAUUCGUGGCCAACGUCCUAACGUAUGCUUCGUUUUUUAGCAUCGUGGCUUUGAGUGCUGACAGGUUUUUGGUGAUACACCUUCAGCUCCGGUACCAGGAUGCGGUAACUCAUAAACGCGCCAUUGCUGGGGUCAUUUCAUUUUGGCUGUUGAGUGCCGUCCUUCCUUUGAUUGGACUUCGUGAGUGGCUCCCAGAAGACAUAUUUUUCAUUUUGACUGUUACUAUUCAGUUCAUCAGUCUUAUCACCGUAGGCCUGUUUUAUUUCAAGAUUUUCUUAGCCUUACGACAACACGCAACUCAAGUUGAAGACGUGCCAGUUGAAAGCAGAGAGAGGAAUGAAGCGAUAAAUGCAACAAGGGAGAGAAAAGCUGCAUUCGGCGUAUUUUAUGUGUAUCUAGCGUUCAUGGCUUGUUACCUACCAAUAAUUUGUUUUAAUAUUGCCGAAAAUGUAAUUGGUACUGAGCGAACCUCAUUGGGGUAUAAAGUAAACCUCUACCUUACUAUUUUACUUGCACUCAAUUCCUCUCUGAGUCCACUGAUUUACUGCUGGAAGAUGAGACGCAUUCGGCAGGCCAUGAUUAACAUACUGCGUAAACCGUUUCAAAACUAA